AAAAGCAUCAAUAUAUCCUAUUGCCUCUACUCGAUUUCAAUUUCAAUAAACUCCUCCUCCUUAAACUAUAUUACCUCCCACCAUAAGUAGCCAUUCUCCAUGUUACAGUUUCUCUAAAUCUAAAUGGAAACUCUUCUCAAACCUUUUCCAUCUCCUUUACUUUUCACUCCUACACCUCACAGGUCUAUUUUUCAACUGAAUUCUACUUUUCUGAAUCCAACCACCCAGAACUUUUCAAGAAAAGUUCAUCGCAGAAACAAAAGUAGUAGUAACAAAUUUUGUAGCUUUCUUGACUUAGCACCCACAUCAAAACCAGAGUCUUUAGAUGUUGACAUCUCAUGGGUUGAUCCUAAUUCGGGCCGGGCUCUAUUCGACGUGAUCAUCAUCGGAGCUGGUCCUGCGGGCCUCCGGCUAGCUGAGCAAGUAUCAAGAUAUGGUAUUAAGGUAUGUUGUGUUGACCNAUGUUGUGUUGACUCUUCACCACUUUCCAUGUGGCCAAAUAAUUAUGGUGUUUGGGUUGAUGAGUUUGAGAAGUUAGGAUUGGAAGAUUGUUUAGAUCAUAAGUGGCCUAUGACUUGUGUUCAUAUAAAUGAUAACAAGACUAAGUAUUUGGGAAGACCAUAUGGUAGAGUCAGUAGAAAAAAGUUGAAGUUGAAAUUGUUGAAUAGUUGUGUUGAUAAUGGAGGGAAGUUUUAUAAAGCCAAGGUUUGGAAAGUGGAGCAUGAAGAAUUUGAGUCUUCAGUUGUUUGUGAUGAUGGUAGGAAGAUAAGGGGUAGUUUGAUUGUAGAUGCAAGUGGUUUUGCUAGUCCUUUUAUAGAAUAUGACAAGCCAAGAAACCAUGGUUAUCAAAUAGCUCAUGGGAUUUUAGCACAAGUGGAUAAUCAUCCAUUUGAUUUGGAUAAAAUGGUGCUUAUGGAUUGGAGGGAUUCUCAUCUGGGAAAUGAGCCAUAUUUGAGGGUGAACAAUACUAAAGAACCAACAUUCUUGUAUGUGAUGCCAUUUGAUAGGAAUUUGGUAUUCUUGGAAGAGACUUCUUUGGUGAGUCGGCCUGUGCUAUCGUAUAGGGAAGUGAAAAAUAGGAUGGUGGCAAGGUUAAGGCAUUUGGGGAUCAAAGUGACAAGUGUUAUUGAGGAUGAGAAAUGUGUGAUCCCCAUGGGAGGACCACUUCCGCGGAUCCCUCAAAAUGUUAUGGCAAUUGGUGGAAAUUCAGGGAUAGUUCAUCCAUCGACAGGGUACAUGGUGGCUCGGAGCAUGGCAUUGGCACCAGUUUUGGCUGAGGCCAUUGCUGAGAGCCUCGGCACAACCAGAAUGAUAAGAGGAUCUCCACUUUACCAUAAAGUUUGGAAUGGUUUGUGGCCUCUAGAGAGAAGAAGUGUGAGAGAAUGUUACUCUUUUGGGAUGGAGACUUUGUUGAAGCUUGAUUUGAAAGGGACUAGGAGAUUGUUUGAUGCUUUCUUUGAUCUUGAUCCCAAAUACUGGCAAGGGUUCCUUUCCUCAAGGUUGUCUGUCAAAGAACUUGCUAUGCUUAGCUUGUACCUUUUUGGGCAUGCCUCAAAUUUGGCUAGGUUGGAUAUUGUUACAAAAUGCCCGGUGCCCUUGGUUAAAAUGAUUGGAAAUCUAGCAGUAGAGACCAUUUGAAUGUGAAUGGUUGGAUAAUUUUAGUUUUUUUAGAUUAUUUUCAUCUUUUCUAAAUGAAAAAAAUGAAAGAGGUCUCUGUAAUGGUAGUUUACUUGGAACAGAAGUCUAGCGGAAAAGUAAAAGAAGAAAUGGAAGCUACUAUUCCCUACGUAUCAAGGAUUCAAUAUAUGUGAUCAAGAUUGAUUUUCGUGCUGA